CACAAUAUUAAUAUAAAUGUUUGCUUUUAUGGAAAUCGUCAACUACCAAAACCAAUAGCACAAGACAAAGAAGAAGACAAAACAUGCAAUGAUCAUGAAAAGGGAAAAAACACAAAAGGCAUAUCUUGUUUUAAAAAACCUCAUUGUAAUUGUAACCUUUGUUGUUCCUCUUCUUUCAUGUCUUUGAACAUGAAGUUUCUUCUGCUAAGCAUUGUUCUUCUUUUACUACAAAGUUGUUUAAUAUCAACAUGUUAUUGCCAAACCAAUUCACCUCAAAACAUUGAAACUUUGUAUCCAAUUGAAACUCCACAACAAGACACAACAACACAACCUCAAAAUCCACAAGCAUCACCACCAUCAUCAACACAAGGACCAGUUUCAUCAAAUUCUUCAUCAAAUGGUAAAAUAGUAACUGCUAUAGCUGCAACUGCAACAGGAACACUAGUUGUUUCUGUUCUGAUUUUCUUCUUAGUUCAUAAAUGCUUCAAAGCAAAGAGAAAAAAUGUGAUAGCUACCAACACUUCUUCUUCUUUAGAUGAUAGUGUUGUGCCUAAGGUAAAUGUGUUUGAGAAAAUGGAAGGUAACAUUAAAGGACUUAUAGUUGAUGAGGAAGGUUUAGAUGUAAUUUAUUGGAGAAAACUUGAAGAUAAAAACUCAAAUAAAGAUUUACAAAAAGGUGUUGUUUUGAAUAGCCAUCAUGAAAACAAAGAAGAUUAUGAUCAUGAAGGGGAAAAAUUAGAGUCUAAUCAAGAAAUUCAUUUGCUUAGAGGGAAAUCUUCAACCUCUCAUAUGAAUAUAUUUCCACAAGAAUCAUCAUAUACAAUUAUGAGAAUUACACCACCUGCUCCUCCUCCUCAUAUUGUUCCUUCAUUAGACUCUCCUACUCAACCAUUUUCUCUUAACCUUCUUCCUUCAACUUCAACUUCAUCACCAAAACCACCCUCCACUUCUUUCUCAUCAAUUCCAAAAAAUAUGACCAGUUCUGAAAGAAAAAGUCAAAAACCACCACCGCCACCACCUCCUCCUCCACCGAUAUCUGAUAGAAAAAUCUCAGGAUCGCCGCCGCCUCCACCUCCACCUCCACCAAUUCCAGAUAGAAUUAGUCCUGCACCACCACCGCCACCUCCACCUCCGUCCUCAGUAUCCACUAGAAAAUUUUCAUCACCACCACCACCUCCUCCACCAAAGACUAGUGGAUUGAAAUUGAAGUCAUCAUCAAAACCACCACCUACACCUAUUGAAACACAAGCUACCAAAAGUAAGCAAGGGAAGUCAUCAAGUGAAGUAAAAUUGAAACCAUUGCAUUGGGAUAAGGUGAAUACUAAUCUUGAUCACUCUAUGGUUUGGGAUAAAAUCGACCGCGGUUCAUUCAGGGUUGAUGAUGAUCUUAUGGAAGCUCUAUUCGGGUAUGUUGCAGCCAAACAAAACAGUAACACGCCAAAAGGAAAUGAAUCAACAAGUCCAAAAAGUGAUGCAGCAUCAACAAAUGCUUUCAUUCUGGAUCCUAGAAAAUCACAGAACACUGCUAUAGUUUUGAAAUCUCUUGCAGUCUCACGUAAAGAAAUCAUUGAUUCAAUCAUCGAUGGUCAAGGACUUAAUGCAGAUACAAUUGAAAAGCUUUCUAGAAUAGCUCCAACAGAAGAAGAGCAAUCUAACAUACUUGAAUAUGAAGGAGACACAGCAAAACUUGCAGCUGCUGAAUCUUUCUUGUACCACAUUCUCAAAGCAGUUCCUUCCGCGUUUAAGCGAUUGAAUGCUAUGCUAUUCAGGUUGAAUUAUGAUACUGAGAUUGUAGAGAUCAAGGAGUUUCUGCAGACACUUGAGAUGGCGUGUAAGGAGCUUAGAAACCAAGGAGUUUUUGUGAAGCUUCUUGAAGCAGUUCUUAAGGCUGGAAACCGAAUGAAUGCAGGUACUAAUAGAGGUAAUGCUCAAGCUUUCAACUUGGUUUCUCUAAGGAAGCUCUCUGAUGUUAAGAGCAUUGAUGGAAAAACCACAUUGCUUCACUUUGUGGUUGAAGAAGUAGUCCGCUCGGAAGGAAAACGUGCGGUUCUUAACCGCAACCAUAGUUUAAGCCGUAGCAGUAGUAGGAGCAGUAGCAGCAGCAACGUUGGAGAGUCUCAGAAAUCGGCUAAUACAGAUGGGCAACCACAAAAGGAGUAUAUAAAACUAGGAUUGCCAAUUGUAGGAGGGGUCAGUGCCGAGUUUUCCAAUGUAAAGAAAGUUGCUCUAACAGACUACAAUAGUUUUGUUGGUUCUAUCUCAGCACUGUCAGCAAGAAUAGUUGAAAUUCGACAAGUCAUUUUGCAGUGUAGAAAUGAUAAAGGAGGAAAGUUUGUGAGAGAGAUGAAUCAUUUUCUUGAAAAUGCUGAGAAGGAAUUGCAAUUAGUGAGGGAAGAACAAACAAAGGUAAUGCAGCUUGUUAAGAGAACAACAGAUUAUUAUCAAGGAGGAGCUUCAAAAGAUAGUGCAGGAGAACAGUCUCUUUAUCUAUUUGUCAUAGUCAAGGAUUUUCUAGGAAUGGUUGAUCAAGCUUGCAUAGAAAUUGCUCGUAACAUGCAGAAAAGGAAGACACCUAAGGCACAGUUUUAAAAAAAAUCACCGUCCGGGAUUCGUCCAUGACAUCAAGAUUUUCUAUGUCUCUAGAACUGCAAUAUGGUUGCAAUUGAGGCCAUUAAGUCAUAUUUGACUGCAAUUUUUCACAUCAUCAAGAAUAACCACAUGUCAGCAACCACAAAUUUAAAACCUUGAGAUACGACAAAUAAAGAGUAGAAGUCAGACACAAAGGACUUUUUGAGGCUUCCAAACUGCCGGAGCAUAGCAGGUAAGAGAAUUUUAGGAUUGGCUUAACUGAUUUGACAUUUUCCUAUUGGACCAUUUAUACAAAGGAGCUGAAGUUCUCAAAAGUCAAAUUCAAAAUGAGGAGGAUAUGUUGUUUCAUUCAAAUUCUGAAUGAGAUAGAUCACAAAUUAUGGAUGCUUGGACCCAACCCUGUGUUACUAACUAUUGGAGGUUCUGAAAUACUGUCACAGCAGGGUAUGCUUCUUCAAUGACAGAGCCAAUUUGUGUGGCAAAUUCAGAAGCUAAUAGAUCCUUUUUCUUGUGAUGCUAUCAUUUUUCUACAUUUUAUUUUCUAACUAUACGUGUUACUUGUAUAGAGAACUAUUGUUCAUGAGCAUUUUUUGAAGUCUAGUGUAUAUACAUGUUGGAUUCUUUUGGCAUUAACCAUGACGUGCUCUAUAUCUUCUUGUUUUCUAUUGUGUUUGUGGUUUAAUUACAGUUUUAGAACUCCAAAAACUCCAAAUAUCAUGAUUGUGCAAUUUUGAUCUCUAAA